AUGGCCCCUCCGUGCCAGCGCCAGGACCCUACGGCGCCGCCAUUCCUUCGCCAGCCACCACCACCACCGCCGACGCCAUCGCACCUCCCUGUCGGUCGCAUCGAAGACGCUCGACGUGGUCGCCCUGAAAGGGCCACGUCGCCUGAGGAAGACCUACUGAUUGUGGCCGCAUCAGCAGCAGACCCCUUUCUAAACGGGAAGGAGAUCAGGGAUGAGCUCGCCCUGACAAGUAUCUGCGACGCGGACAUGAGGAUCCUGACCGUGUAUCCCGUGCGACCGGGGUCAGAUCAUGACUCAUUUGUCUGGCGGACAACAUGGCUGCGCCGGUGGUUCCAGGCGGGACGCAUCGCGAAUCCCGGUGUAUACCUCAUCGGUGACAGCGGCUACCCCUUGGAUCCGUGGCUCCUGACCCCGGUUCCCGGCCAUCCUCCUAUGCAAACAGCCGAGGGGAAGUACAACACAGCACAUGCCACCUUGCGUUCCGUAGUGGAGAGGUGUAUUGGGCUCUUGAUGAGCCGUUUCCGCUGUUUGCAGCGGUACGGCACCUUCCUCUACGAGCCAGAACGUGCGGCCAACAUUGUCGCUGCAUGUGCUGUGUUGCACACACAACCUUCGGCUGUCUGA